GAUGCAGCUAACAUCGCUCUGCCUCGCUCUCUCCUGUCUGAGGGUCCGCCCCGACAGGUCUCAGUUCUCCAGGUACGACUCCGUCUCUCUGAGCUGUGAGGACCAGCUGAACUCCACAGGAUGGAAAGUGAAGAGGAACACAUCGAGUGCCGGGGUCUCCUCCUGCACCCUCGGCUGGGGCUCCAUCCUCGCCGACUCAACGUGCUUCAUCAGGAACAUCUACCAGUCUGACGGCGGGGUUUACUGGUGCGAGUCUGAGGAUGGGGAGAGGAGCGUCGCUGUCAACAUAACAAUCACAGAUCGGACCGUGAUCCUGAUCAGCCCCACACUCCCCGUACCAGAAGGAGCUGCUGUGACUUUGGACUGCAGAGCUGAGAUAAAUUCCUCCAUCCAAAGGUUUCAUUUCUACAAAGAUGGCAGCCCCGUCAGCAGCAGCUCCACAGGAGAGUUUACCCUCCACAACAUCUCUAAAUCUGAUGAAGGACUCUACAAGUGCAGCGUCUCUGGAGGUGAAGAAUCAGUCAGCAGCUGGCUCGCUGUUCACGCCGUUCCAGCAGCUUCAUGUUCAGCAUCAUCAUUCAGACUAAUGUGUCACCUGUUGGUGGGAACUCCUUACCUGCUGUCCACCAUCAUACUGGGACUCAUCUACAGAGAGAGAAGGAGAGAGACUCUGCCGGUUAAAGAAAGAAGAGUCAGCAAAGAUGUCAUCAUGGAGAUAGUUGUAUGAUUUUACAAACUCAUAAAGUGGCAAAAGUAAGAUGUAGCUGCACCACAGGAUGUGGGGAAUCAGUGUUUUAGCAGCAGGAGCACCAAGAAAUCACUAUCAAGUCUGAUUAAUGCAAAUAUGAUAAGAAUUUACAUAGAUUUGUUCUAUCUCGGGUAGAUGAUAUGCCUCGUUGUCCAACAGAUUUACAGCCUAGUAUCAACACUUUCUAACAACUUAACCACAGACAAAUUCAGACAAAAUUAAAGUCAAUUCAAAUGUUCUUUUAUACACUUGUUGCUAUGGAAACUGCUGUUAUUAGUUGAUGAUAUUUGUGCCUCACUGAAGAGUUCUUGGCUAAAUAAAUGAAGUAAUGAAUGCCAGUCAGGCUGCAUGUUUCUAACAGUAUGUAGGGUGGUUGUGUGAGAGUGCUGGGAGUGAAAAGGAAGUAAAGGGGCAUUGUUCUGUGUAACAAGAGGUGUGUUGUGGUUGUUUCUAUGCCUACGCUAGAAAGCGAGGUGUGAAGUCUGUUGUUUUCUUCUCUUUAUUUUCAGAUUGAAUUUUACUUUUGUGCAUAAAAAAGUCAAACUUUGGUCCGAGUUUAACUCUUUCAGUACCAGCCAAGGGGCAACACAUUUCAUUCAGAGCUCAGUGCUGCAGCAGUGUGGAUAGAGGAUGUGUGAGUAGAGUACAGGCUAUAAAUGUUUGAAAUGUGCAACCUCUUUAUCAAAAAAGUUGGGAUACUGUGUAAAAUGUAAAAAAGAAUGAAAUAAUUGUCAAAUCUCAUGUUGGCCAUGCUUAGCAUCA